UCUUUCUUUCUUCCUCAUGAGAAGAAGAAAAAAACAGGAAAACAAAAAAUUCAAGCUGCGAUUGCGAAGGAGAGACUUCAGAUCUAGCUUGAUCCGGUGAUAAUGGCUCUCGAAUGGGUGGUUUUAGGUUACGCGGCGGCGGCCGAAGCGAUUAUGGUGGUGCUAUUGACGAUGCCGGGACUUGACGGACUCCGCAAGGGAUUAGUCGCCGUCACGCGUAAUCUCCUCAAACCGUUUCUCUCGAUUGUUCCUUUCUGUCUGUUCCUCUUAAUGGACAUCUACUGGAAAUACGAAACUAUGCCUUCGUGCGACGGCGAUUCCUGCACACCGUCGGAGCAUCUUCGUCACCAGAAAUCAAUGAUGAAAUCCCAGCGAAACGCGCUUCUGAUUGCGGCUGCACUUGUGUUCUACUGGAUCCUUUACUCAGUUACCAAUUUGGUUGUCAGGAUCGAGCAUCUUAACCAGAGGAUCGAGAGGCUCAAGAACAAGGAUUGAUCGUCUCGUCUAAGGUCCAAUCAAUUAGUGUAAUGCCUUUUUUUUGGUUUUCGAGGAUCUUUCUUAUUUCGCUAGGUUUUCUCUUUUUCAACGUCUCUGAUCUGUGCCUUUAUGUUCUGGAGAUUGAAGGAUUAUUCCUACUUUUCUAUGCUUGGAUUCUUAUUUGUUACCAGAUUGAGAUUGUUUUUUUUUGUUGAAUUUUGAUUGACUAU